CUCCUCCUCCCCCUAAUCCGCCGCCGCCGCGGGCCGCUUUCGUCCCGGGCCCAAGGCCGCGCAAUGCGGGCCGCCCGACGGCGACGAGGCGGAUGUUCGAAUCCCGGGGAAGAGAGAACGAGAAACCCCGUCCGGUGAGGCGAUUGGCUGGCGAUUUCGCCUGGAACGGAGCGCGCACAGCGGGUUCCGAGAGACGGAGUGUGAGAGUUCCCGUCGCGAAAACGAACUGCGGCGAGGUGCUGGCGGCCCGCGCAGGGACCAGGCGGGCGGCGGCGGCGGCUCAGGUUCAGAGGAAGGAGAAGGUGUGGGUCGCCGUGGGGAAGAAGGUUGGGAGUGGGAAUGGCGGCAGCGAUGCCGAGGACCCCGCGGCGGCGGGUGGGGGCUAUGCCGGCGGAGACGAGGCCGAGGGGAGCGUCGAAGCGGAUGAGAAGCCGGAACCGGAGGACGACACCGACGAGCUUGAUGGCGAUGGCCUGCUUCCUGGGGAAGAAAUGGGGAAUUAUCUCCUCGGCGCUGGUGAUCAUGAUCGGCAUCCUGGCGAUGAUGGCGGCGAGGAGACAACCGAGAACCUUGUUUCGGAAUCGAACGGAUUACUGCGCUUGAGAGUCAAGAUGCGCAGAGGGUGGAUCGAAUGCCGCCAUGACAUCGACAGCUUCGCACCCGACUUGCUCUCCCUCUACGAAUCCCUCAAGCCAUCAGAGGAGCACAAGUCCAAGCAGACUCAGCUCAUUGACUCCCUGGCAAAGUCACUCAGCAAAGAAUGGCCCAAUGCCCGGCUGCAUCUCUACGGAUCAUGCGCCAAUUCCUUCGGAACUUCCCACAGUGACGUUGAUGUAUGUCUCGAAAUCGAGAUCGGCACGGAGAGCACAGUGGAGAUUCUCCAGCGACUGGCAGACAUCUUGCACGGCGAUAACUUCGACGAUGUGGAGGCGAUUACUAGUGCCAGAGUCCCCAUUGUGAGGAUGUUGGAUCCAGGGAGUGGCUUCUCUUGUGACAUUUGCAUCAAUAAUCUCUUUGCUGUUGCCAACACAAAGCUUCUCAAGGAUUAUGCCCAGAUAGAUGGUAGACUGCUUCAGCUGGCUUCCAUUGUGAAGCAUUGGGCCAAACUGAGGGGUGUCAAUGAAACAUACCGUGGAACCCUCUCUAGCUAUGCAUAUGUGCUUAUGUGCAUCAGUUUCUUGCAGCUGCGAGAGCCCAAGAUUCUUCCAUGUUUGCAGGCUAUGGAUCCAACAUAUAUCAUGGUUGUUGAUGAUACCAAAUGCACAUAUUUCGACGACAUUCAUCAGCUUCAUGAUUUUGGGGCUGAAAACAAGGAGAGCAUAGCGGAGUUACUCUGGGCAUUCUUCCACUACUGGGCAUUCCAGCAUGAUUACAGGAAGGAUGUCAUCUCCAUCCGCAUGGGAAAGAUAAUCAGCAAGAAGGAAAAGGACUGGACGACUCGCGUUGGAAAUGAUCGUCAUCUGAUGUGCAUCGAGGAUCCUUUCGAGAUCAGCCAUGACUUAGGCCGUGUAGUUGACCGGCAGACUAUCAGGAUCAUCAUAGAGGAGUUUGAGCGAGCAGCUGAUGUGCUGCAGCAUGAUAAUGACCCAUGCGUGACUCUUUUCAAGCCCUACAAUUACGGGACCUGAUCAUAAAAAAUACCCAGAAAAUUCAGAGUACGUUUCUGCCAGGAAGUGAAAGUUUUGAGAUGCCAAACUGUUUCAGCAUUUUGACAAACAAGAUAAGUAAAUGAACUGGGUGCAUUGAGAAAAAGAAGUUCGAUCAGGUGCAUUUACCUGCUAGAUAGCUGCUAUGUUAUUUCCUUCAGGGAAAACUGAUUGGGUAGGACAUAUCCCAGCUGUAAGCUGCAAUGAGUUCACUGCAACAGGUACACUAUCAUGUUCUAUGCCCUGCUCGCCUGAAAAAGGAAAACUCAAACCAUCGACAUUGAUGGUGUGCAACCGCCUGCAAUCACACCAGGAAGGCUGGACGAUAACCUUCCAGUUCCAGGGUUUCUGCAACAUCAAUAUUUUCUCUUGUAAUUUUUUUUGAAAAAAAUAUUUAUACGCUUGCGUAACUGCAGUUUUACAGUAUCACAAGUGUUUGACAGUGUAAAUAUCAUAGCCUUCUCAGUAGCAAUAAUGCGUGAGAUAGGAGCUCAUAGGACAAAAGAUACUAACAAGAGAA